UUUCUGGUUGGGUCUUCGGGUAAAGAUGGCGGAGCAUGGUUACAGCUUUUCGCUGACUACAUUCAGCCCGUCUGGUAAACUUGUCCAGAUAGAAUAUGCUUUGGCUGCUGUAGCUGGAGGAGCUCCUUCAGUGGGAAUUAAAGCUGCAAAUGGCGUGGUCUUGGCAACUGAGAAGAAACAGAAAUCCAUUCUGUAUGAUGAGCGAAGUGUCCACAAAGUGGAACCAAUCACCAAGCAUAUAGGUUUGGUGUAUAGUGGCAUGGGCCCAGAUUACAGGGUACUUGUGCACAGAGCUCGAAAACUAGCUCAACAGUACUAUCUCGUUUACCAAGAACCUAUUCCCACAGCUCAACUGGUCCAGAGAGUAGCUUCCGUGAUGCAGGAAUACACCCAGUCAGGAGGUGUUCGCCCAUUUGGAGUUUCUUUACUUAUCUGUGGUUGGAAUGAGGGACAGCCAUAUUUAUUUCAGUCAGAUCCAUCUGGAGCUUACUUUGCCUGGAAAGCCACAGCAAUGGGAAAGAACUAUGUGAAUGGGAAAACUUUCCUUGAGAAAAGAUAUAAUGAAGAUCUGGAACUUGAAGAUGCCAUUCAUACAGCCAUAUUAACCCUAAAGGAAAGGAAUAAUGCUGUCAGCAUGUCUGCACACUCCAUGCUCUGUGAACGCAUCACCAUAGCCAAGGAGCUGAUCAAGAGAGCAGAAUCACUUUCCAGAUCAAGAAAAGGGGGCAUCGAAGGUGGUGCCAAGCUGUGCAGCAAGCUGAAGGCGGAAUUAAAAUUCUUACAGAAAGUAGAAGCUGGAAAAUUAGCUAUUAAGGAGUCCCACUUGCAGAGCACUAACCUGACACACCUCAGAGCCAUCGUGGAAUCAGCAGAAAACCUGGAGGAAGUGGUCAGUGUUCUCCAUGUCUUCGGUUACACAGACACCUUUGGAGAAAAGCAGACCCUUGUGGUGGAUGUUGUUGCAAAUGGUGGUCAUACUUGGGUGAAAGCCAUUGGCCGCAAGGCUGAAGCUCUGCAUAACAUUUGGUUGGGCAGGGGCCAGUAUGGUGACAAAAGCAUUAUUGAGCAGGCUGAAGACUUCCUCCAGGCCAGUCACCAGCAGCCCGUGCAGUAUAGCAACCCUCACAUCAUCUUUGCAUUUUACAAUAGCGUCUCCAGCCCCAUGGCUGAGAAGCUGAAAGAAAUGGGCAUAUCAGUGAGGGGGGACAUAGUAGCAGUGAAUUCUCUGUUAGAUCACCCUGAAGAGCUCCAGCCCAGUGAGAGUGAAUCAGAUGAUGAGGGCCCUGAACUUUUGCAGGUGACCCGGGUAGACCGAGAAAACAUCCUAGCAAGUGUCGCGUUUCCUACAGAAAUCAAGGUGGACGUGUGCACAAGAGUCAACCUGGACAUUACUACUUUAAUCACCUACGUAUCUGCCCUCAGCUAUGGAGGCUGCCACUUUAUCUUCAAAGAAAAAGUGCUCACGGAACAAGCAGAGCAGGAGAGGAAAGAGCAGGUUCUGCCGCAGCUGGAGGCAUUUAUGAAGGACAAGGAGUUGUUUGCUUGCGAAUCUGCUGUCAAGGAUUUUCAGUCUAUUCUAGAUACCUUAGGAGGACCCAGGGAGAGAGAGCGAGCUGUGAUGCUGAUUAAGCGAAUUAAUGUGGUCCCAGACCAGCCUUCUGAGCGUGCCUUGAAACUAGUGGCUAGUUCAAAAAUUAACAGCCGCUCAUUAACAAUUUUUGGGACAGGAGACACCCUGAAAGCCAUUACAAUGACUGCCAAUAGUGGUUUUGUCAGGGCUGCCAACAACCAGGGUGUUAAGUUUAGUGUAUUUAUCCAUCAGCCCAGAGCGCUUACUGAGAGCAAAGAGGCCCUAGCUACCCCCUUACCAAAAGACUGCACAACUGACAACAAACACUAAUGAUAUCCUUUAUUGUCAUGGAAAUAAGUUAUUUAUACCAAAGGCUGUGUCUCCCCAUCUUAAUUGGAAAAAAAAAUCUAUGGUAAAAUUAAUACUUAGAACUCUUAUUAAAUCAGUUGAUGGUGUGUCUCAUCUAUAAAGUAAAUAGCCUACCAUAGAAAAAGCAUAAGAGACAACCUUAUUUAUCAAACUGGCUACAUUAUAAUUAGAACAGAAAUACAUCUCUGCAAGGCUUGUAGCUGUAUCACAAUACUUUGAUUUGUUUGAUUCAGUAGGGCUCCAUCUCCCCUAAUGGUAAUUGCAUCUCUUUGACUGUGGCUACAUUGCAUCUUGCAUUAAAUAUCGAGCAACCUCUGAAAAAAA